AUGGACGACAUUGACGCCAUGUUCAGUGACCUGCUGGGGGAGAUGGACCUCCUCACUCAGAGUCUCGGCGUGGAAACAGUGCCUCCAGCAUCUCCCUCCACCUCCACCAAGGAACUCAACUUCUCCAUCGGCUUCACAGACCUGAACGAGUCCCUCAAUGAACUGGAGGAUAAUGACUUGGAUGCACUGAUGGCUGAUUUGGUGGCCGACCUCAGUGCAACCGAGGAGAAACUGGCAGCAGAGAUGGGGACCCAGAAGGAGCCCUCACCGCCUCCCCAACACCUGCCGCCGCCACCCCUGGGCCUGAGCACUCUCCCCGCCCCCACCCUCGAUUCCCCCACCUCACCGGAGAGGAGCGGAGGCAGCCGCCUCAGCAGCCCGGCCUCCUCAGCAGCGUCGCUCUCACCACCUCCGCCUCCUCAGAAGUCUAAACCUUCGAAAGAGGAUAUCGAGGCUCAGAUCAAAGCGGACAAAAUCAAGCUCGCACUGGAGAAGCUGAAGGAAGCCAAAGUUAAAAAGUUAGUGGUGAAGGUGCUGAUGAAUGAUGGAAGCUCCAAGACGCUGAUGGUCGAUGAAAGGCAGACAGUCAGAGAAGUCCUGGAUAACCUGUUUGAGAAGACUCACUGCGACUGCAACGUGGACUGGAGCCUGUGUGAGACCAACCCUGAGCUGCAGCUUGAACGGGGGUUCGAAGACCAUGAGAACCUCGUGGAGCCACUCUCAGCAUGGACGAGGGACAGCGAAAACAAAGUCCUCUUUCAAGAGAGGCAGGACAAAUACGAGGUUUUCAAAAACCCCCAGAACUAUUAUCUCUGGAAGAAGAACAAGAAGGCCCUCCAAGAAAUAAAAGAUAGAGACAAAGAGUUAUUAAUACAGGAGAACUUCUGUGGGACUUCCAUCAUUGUGCCUGACCUUGAGGGGGCGCUCUACCUAAAAGAAGACGGCAAGAAGUCCUGGAAGCAGCGGCUCUUCCAGCUGAGGGCCUCGGGAAUUUAUUACGUGCCCAAAGGGAAGAGCAAGUCGUCUCGUGACCUGGUCUGCUUUGUCCAGUUUGACAAUGUCAAUGUCUACUAUGGGAAAGACUUCAAGAGCAAAUACAAGGCCCCGACAGACUUCUGCUUUGUUCUGAAGCAUCCUCAGAUCCAGAAGGAGUCUCAAUACAUCAAGUACCUGUGUUGUGAUGAUGCUUCGUCCCUAAAUCUGUGGGUGACUGGAAUACGAAUAGCAAAGUAUGGAGUGGCGAUGUAUGAAAACUAUAAAACAGCCAUGAAGAAGGCCGCCGUCACAUCUGUGUGGACGAACCGCAGCACCCCGUCCAGCUCCAAUCAGUCGACACCCUCACCCACCAUCAAAGGCAAAGCGCUGGGCCAAGCAAAUGGACAUGCCACCAAGCCCGAGCCGGGUCCUGUAUCUAAGGACUUUGGAAACGCCUCUCCUGCACCACCUCCACCUCCACCCCCGCCACUAAACGAGAUCCUCCCCCCGCCGCCUCCAGACCCAGUUCUGCCGCCACCGCCGCCUUCCUUGCCUGCCAAGAAAACCUCACCACUGCCAACAAAUUUCCCUCCACCUCCACCUGCCAUGGACAGCCUCCCUCCACCGCCUCUGCCCCCACCUGUCGAGGACACCUCCGAGGCCCCGCCGGACUUCCUCCCUCCCCCUCCUCCAGCUGCUGGCUUCGGUUCACUACCCCCUCCGCCGCCAAUGAUGAAUUCUCUACCGCCGCCGCCACCACCGGCCUGCUUUGGGGGUGUUGACCAGUCUCUGCCUCCUCCGCCACCAGAUCCUGGGUUUUUACCCCCACCUCCGCCACAGAUGCUACAAGGAGGUGGAGCAGGGGCACCUCCGCCUCCGCCACCGCCACCUCCACCUCCUGUUGCAGCCCCACGGGCAGCAAUACAACCUGCCGGCUCAGUGAAGAAGAUGCCUCCUCCUCCACCCAAGAGGACUACACCAUCGCUACAUGGAGGAGGCGGAGGAGGAGGAGGAGGAGGAGGAGACUUUAUGUCAGAGCUGAUGAAAGCUAUGCAGAAGAAACGUAGUGAUCAGUAACCUGAGCAAGGAAUUAGUGUACAAUGCUGUGCCUACUGAAGCCUUCUGAAAAACUUAACACCAUAACCAAUUUUCCUUGAUUCAAGUAAAGCAUCUCAUCUACACAUUAAACAACAAUAAAUAAGAUCUCAAGAUGAAAGGUUAUGCAGAGCAAAAAAGACAAUCUGCUGUCUCAUAUCCCUCUUUGUUUGAGACUAUAGAGAUAUCCACGCCAAAGUCUUGCAUGAAUCAAGUGAAACGGGAAUUAUUCUCAUUAUUCUAAGACCAAAAAGUAAUAUUUUAGCUUUAAAGAUGAUGCUGUGCAACACUGAAUCAUAUCACAUAGAUACAAUUGGUUGUUAUCAACAAGGGAGGUAGUGUGUGAAUAUUUUUGUAGUGAGAUUAGGCAGGCAGGACUGGUACAUACUAUGUUUUUUUAACAACAUAUAAUGUAUUAUCUUUGGUAAUAAGUGUGCAGAAUGAUGUUUUUCUUUCAUACUAAUGGAUAUCUGAUAAGCACAAUACAUAUUAUGAAAUGGUGUGCUGUCAUUUUGGAAAGAGACAUUUUCACAGUACUGUAUAUAUCUCCAAUUUUAUUGCACACAGGGCUGUAAAUAUUGUAAAAACACAUUGAUUGAUGCUUAGGAUAUAUGCUAUGCCCAGUUAGUUUUCAAACCACUGUUGGAAAUGCUGUUACCUGAAUAAAUACUCCAAUCUUCCUCA